AUGGCGACAAAUGAGCUUGCUGAACAAGUUGGGCAGGUCAACAUUGAAGAAGCCGGCGAAAAAAAUGGAAAUGCCGAUGAUGGCGAUGUUGUCACCCCGUGGGAUGUCCAGGCGACUUCAGAUAAGGGAAUUGACUACAUGAAACUGAUUGGUAUGUUGUUUUUGGUUAGUUCCUUGGUUUUUAGGUAACGUAAUGUUUUGCUGAUCAAGCUUUUGGCGGAACAGGGAAACCACAAUUUUUGGUGUUUAAUAUGCCUACCUAAAAAAAUUUUCUAUGCUCUAAAGUUUAAUAUGGCCUUGUUUUCAGAAAAAUUUGGAUGUCGGCCUCUUGGACAAGAUUUACUAGAUAGAAUUGAGAAGAUUACUGGUAAGCCGGCCCAUGUUAUGCUUCGCCGUGGUCUAUUUUUUGCCCAGAGGUAAAAUUCAUGUUUUUUUUUAUUCUCCAUGAGGUUUUUUCUUCGACUUCCAUCAAUUUUUCUCUAAAACAUUAUAUUUUUAGAGAUUUGUCUCUGAUUUUGGACCGAGUCGAGAAAGGAAAGCCAUUUUAUUUGUACACGGGUAGAGGGCCAAGCUCGGGAUCUUUGCAUUUGGGACAUUUAAUUCCAUUUAUCUUCACUAAAUAUCUUCAAGAAGCCUUUAAUGUUCCAUUGGUCAUUCAGGUAGGUAAAAUACGUUUUUUUCCUUUUUUUUGUUUUAGUCAGUUUGCCACUUCCAUUCUUUGUUCUAGAUCACAGAAGACGAAAAGUUCUUGUGGAAAGACAUGACUUUGGAUCAAGCCAGGAAGUGCGCCAAGGAUAAUAUAAAAGAUAUCAUUUCGGUUGGAUUUGAUCCCAAAAAGACGUUUAUCUUCAUGGAUACGGAAUAUAUGUGGUAUGAGAAUUUUACACUUAUUUUAGAUGUGAUGGGGUAUUGCCGUAGUUGAAAAAAUGUUAAUUUUUAUAAUUUUUUACCUAAAAUAUUGUUUCAGCCCCGCAUUUUACGAAAACAUCUUGAAAAUAUGGAAAACCGUGACAAACAAUCAAAGCCGAGCCAUUUUUGGAUUUUCUGGAGAAGACUCGAUGGGAAAGUCGGCAUUCCCAGCCAUCGAGGCAGCUCCUUGUUUCUCCUCAUCAUUUCCACAUGUCUUCAAUAAGAAAAAGGACAUUCCGGCAUUGAUCCCAUGCGCUAUUGAUCAGGUAAAUGAAAAUUUAAUAUAUUUUUUCUUAUAAAAAUUAAUUGAGAAAUAGUUUUUCAAAGCUUUGUUUUGUUAUCAAAAUAUUGAUGUGCUAUAUUUUAGGACCCAUACUUCCGAAUGUGCCGGGAUGUUGCCCCAAGAUUAAAGUUCCCCAAGCCCGCCAUGAUUUAUUCGUCCUUCUUACCGGCUCUUCAAGGAGCUCACACCAAAAUGGCGGCAUCAGACACGAAUUCAUGCAUCUAUUUGAGUGAUACUCCAAAACAAAUCACAAAUAAGGUAAACUUUUUUAUGGAUAAUAUAUAUUUUUUAUUUUUGCGGGCUUGGUCAAGGUUAAUUGUUAUUUAUUGCAGAUCAAGAAGUAUGCAUUCAGUGGCGGACGAGAUACCAUCGAAGAUCAUCGAAAAUACGGUGGAAAUUGCGAUGUAGACACCUCAUUCCAGUUCUUGAAGUACUUUUUGGAAAGUGAUGAGGAAUUGGAAAAAAUCCGAAAGGUUGGUGGAUUAAAAUUUCUAUUUUUAAUUAUUUUUUUAUCAUUUGCCAUUUACGGCACCUGUUGAUUGCUCGAGGGCUUCCGGCUCUUGAAACAGAAUGCCAAAAAUUGCGGGAAUUCAAAAAAUGAAAUUUCCAGGAUUACACGAGCGGCGAGUUGCUGACUGGUGAGCUGAAAGUGAAAGCAGCUCAAGUUGUGAUCGAUGUGAUAGCGCCAUUCCAAGAACGCCGAAAGCAGAUCACCGACGCAACUGUCGCUGAAUUCUGCGCAGUCCGAAAACUCGACUUUGACUUUUGA